AUGCCCCGUAGCGCCAAGAGGAAGGCGGCCAAUGACGGCAAUACCGCGCAUGCGCCAAAACGCGAAUCCCGUCCCCGUCGAGCUACUGCAUCCUAUAAUGCCAACAAAGCGGAGGCUCCCGCACAGGCUUCAGAGAAGAUGCCCCCCGAUGGAGCUAAAAGGGCCACUCGGAUGCGUCGAGGAAGGCCAUCAAAGAAAUGGAGCGAACCUUUCGUGAUUACAAGUGACAAAUCUCCGCUAGUCGACAUUGACUUGAAGCUGUUCUCUAAUCCCAAGUCUUGGACCUGCCUCGAUGAAGAUGAGAAGAGGGAGAUCCUUUCUCUACUUCCUGCCGGAACCCACCCUAAUCCUGAUGGAAACCCUGAAGACCCAGAGUCUCAGAUAGAGCCAUUACCUUACGAAUUUCUCCGCUACUCGAUCCCGUGGCGCGAUGCGGUGCGCCAAUUUCAGGACGACCUACAAAAUGGCAGAUACGAUCCGGAAUGGCAGCGCCAGGCCCACGAAGCUGUAGAAGAAAGAGCUGCCGGGAAAUUUGACAAAUGGAAGGAAGAGCAAUUCGAGGAGUUCUGGGGUCAGAAGCAAAAGAUCGAUCGCGGGGUGAUUGCCGGAGAAAGUUCAAAGAUCAAGCUCGAAACUCUGGUUGAAAAUGACCUUAUACAGGUUGGUGAUAUUUGGAAAUUUACUAGAGUUGUUCGAAGAGGUAAAGAGAAGAUACUUGUUGAAAAGGAAGUGAAGGUAAUCGGCUCUGAUGGGAAACUCCUUACGUUCGCAAUCCCUUCCGGCCAGCGUCUCCUGCUUUGUGGGGUCACGAAUGACAUUGCAACGAAAACUUCUCCACAUGGAAUUCCAGACUCGCGGACUACUGAAGUUAAACUUGAGCCAACGCAGCCUGCUGUCGAAAGUGCUAUCAUUUCCACCGACAGUAGAGCAGUGCCUACGUCGUCUGAUCCGGGUGAUGCUGCGAGUGCGAAGAGUGGCAAUUCUGGAAAGUGUUUCCAAACGGGAAACCUCAUGUCUACCCUACAGCAAUUUGUUUCUGAGAUGGAAGCGGAUGGCCCCCACGAAAACACCCUAGAUGAGCAGCCUGCGAAAACUAUGGAGGCAGAGAUAGUAACUAAUCCCAAGGAUGUCCACCAUACAAAUGCUAGCGACUUCAGCAUUACAACUCGCAACCAUUUUAUCAAAAUUCUAGAGGAGAUUAGUUCAGAUUCUGAAUCUGAACUUUCGGACUUACACACGGAAUUUGACUAUUCCAACCUUGAUCUCGCAUGGGACACCUUUCGUUUCCAACUUGAUUCAAAGUCCCAAACUGCCGAAAGGGCAAUACCUGACACCCAGGAAAGUGGGAGUUCCAUUGAGCUUAAUACCCACAAGAUUACGGCUGAAAGUGUGCCGGUCGAUCUUCCGAAAGAGACGUCUCCUAUGGGUAAUACUUUGGAAAUUUCGAAAGCUAUCAAGAGUGAUGUUAGUGCUGCUGAUCCUGAGGAAAACCAAAAGGACGGUGAAAGCAAGGCCUUUGAACACAUAACUAAAGCUAGCGAUGGCACUGAGCCCGAGAGCAACGGACAGCCCCAGAUCAGGGACGUCGUGUUCAGAGGUGUCCGAGGUCCCACCAGUUUACACAACAAGAUUCUCGAGAUUGAUGGACGUAUUAAAAACCCGCCUAACGGAAACGCUUGGAAAGAUUUUCGCUGUUACAGAAACAACCAAGAUAUUGGCUCUCUUUGGGAUAUUCGACAAUCUUGGUAUCUUCGGGGUCGCUGA